CAAACACAAAUAGAAUCAAUCCAAAUAUUGUCGGCCACAUCGUAAUGAAAUUAUCAGUGUAAUUAUAAUCAAUACAUAAAAUUAAUAAAACAAAAUGCCGAAGACUAAAAGGAAAUCCGUUGAAGCCGUGAAUAAGCCGUCGAAAUCAGAUGUGUCAACUUCGUCGGAACAAAAUGUCCGUAUUAUGAAGAAUGUCGAUUCAGGAGACGGACCUUCAAGAAAACCGGCAAGAAGUCGGCGUAAUUUGGAGCGGGUACAGAUGUUGGCCCGCCCUACCGCCAGGCGUCUACGUUCGUUGUGGGACGAGAAAUGUGCAGUCCUGCCUCCUAGCAGAAGAGACAAGAUAAAGAGUGCGCUGGAAGAAGAUUACUUCUUAAGUCCCGAGCAAACUGAACAAUAUUUUCAAGCACUAAACGAAUCGUCGAAGAAAUGGUCGGGUCCGGGUGGAAUGGUUAGUCGGAAGGAACAAGCGGAUAAAAUGAAGGAAUUACGACAGCGACAGAAAUGGCUCGUAAACUUUAGCGCUCAGGUGGCGUUCCGCCUCUGUGAUUACAUAGCGAAGGGGCAGAAAGAGAUUCUUGUUUCAAACAGAUUAAGAAGUAUCGCCGAUGUAGUCCUGGAGAGAGUUGCCGAGAUACUGGGAGAGCCGAAGCCGACACGAACGGACCCGGGUCGCCUCGCCCGGUUUAUGGUGGCGAUAUCCGACCGUAUCGCUGUUUGGAUUGAGAACGCCGUCUACCGCGCCGAUGCCCUCGAGCCCCGGGAGUCGGGCAGUGAUGAGCACAUGCGACUCGACACUGAGAAACCGCUCAUAUGCUAACAGGUAUUCUUUGCCCUCUGCUGCAUGGCUCUCGCCUCAGCUGCUCCUCAGUUCAUCACUGCCUUCCCCGGCUACUUUGGCACAGGACCAAGGACUGUGGUCGCUGGUCCGACUGUCGUGAACGAUGCUUGGGGCGGGCGCUUCGUCGCUCCU